AUGUCUUUGAUUAGUGCUGAUAUCAAAAUGUUGCCUGUCAACUUGAAAGUUAUCGAGGAUGACACGGCGAACGACUCGCGCGAUCUGUUGUCAGAGGUAUUGGAGAAGAACAGCGACUUUCGACGUUUCACGCAGCGCAUGAAGGGAAUGGCGCGAGUUUUUGCUAUCAAGUCGAAAAAGGACUCUACCGUUCGCCUAGUGUCCCCAUCACGUGAUGAUGACGAGCAAAACGAAGAAUUGGAUAGAGAGUGGCUUGAGUGCUGCUUGAGGGAGUAUUUGGAGAGAAAGAGACUCUUUGGCAAUAGAUUUAAGAGCCGCAAGCAACUUGUUCUCCGAAUAGUGACUCUCCUCGUACCGUUUCUUGCGGUGUUAUGGUCCAUUUGGCCUCUCUGGCGCGUUUUGAUCGAUGUGGAAACAGACGCGUACUACAAGGCGUUGGGAGUCCCUUCCACUGCGACGUCAAGCGAGAUCACGAGGGCAUACCGUAACAUGAUGAAAAAGUGGCACCCGGAUCACAACCCUAAUUGCGGGCAGUAUUGUCGCGACGAAACCGAACGCAUAAAGGAUGCCUACAACAUGCUACUUUCGCGCGGCGACCAUCAAUUUACGCUUGCAAACCAAUAUCACGAAGGGUUGAUGACUUUGCGAUCAGCGCUUUCAUUCCGUGGAUUUCAAAUAUCAAGCAGGGCGGCUAUGGGCGUUUUUAUGGCUCUCUCUCGUAUGUUUCCCACGAAAGCAAAGAACAGCAGUACACUGCGACUGGGCUGCAACAUGUUGAUUCUGCUUUUCUGCACUGUUCACGAGACGCUAUACGUGAGCGGGUUCAAUAUCGCCACCAUCAUCAGUCUCUUUUACUACUGUAUAUCCAUGGCGAAGACCUCUGCGCAGCAGCGUUCGAUGGAAGAGGUGACGGGGAACUCUUAUUUUGAUGUUCUCCGCGAUGCGACGGUACUGCUGGGGUGCGCUGGAGUUGCAAGCAUGGCACUGUUCCUCACCGAGCACCCCACAGUGUCAACGGAGGAGAUUUUUCGCAUGUUGUACGGCGGUGUGUACGUGAUGUCGUUUCUGUACAAGUUCGCGCCCAACAUUUACGAUAAUUUCCUCAUGCGCAAGUAUUCACUCCCGCUCACAUACUUGGAUAUGGGGAGCGUUAGGUUUACCUGGACGAAUUUUGCGUUGAGUGAACUGAGUUUCGCGGUGGACGACCUGUUUGUUUUUACGUGCAGAAUUCCUGGCCCGUACCGUGUGCUAGUGUACAUUGCUCAUUUCGUGUGUCUUUGUCAGCUUUUUCUGCUUCCGUGGGACGCACCCAUCACAUCGGUGAAGAAGAGCGCAAAAACGAGCGCUCCUCGCGCCAAAGAAGCCGGACCAACUGCCCUUGCUGCGAGCAAAAGCGCAAUGGAUUCUGUCGCUGAGCAAGCUGACAACACCGAAAACGUAAUUAACCCGACGAUUUGCGAGUCUCCGCUAACGAAAGAGGAAGAGGGAGUUGUGACCGACCUCGAUAGCGAAGAAGUCACCUGGCUGGACAUUGCGUCUCUCAAGUACAAAACCCUCGUCAUGACGUUAGGCCGAAAAUACAGUCGACAGCGCGGACAAAACGCGGAUGCAGUUGAUAUUGCUGCAAGUGCUGAUCUGCAGCACGUGUGUAUAUUUGCCUUUGGCCGUGCCUCCGGCGCAGGUGCAGGAGCGACCCAACCGAAAAUAAACGUGUUGUGCCAGGUACGUGAUCCAGACGUCAGCCGUCUCAUCGCACAGGACCGAGGGCCGCGGGUGUUGACACCGCCGCGAUCAAACACUCCGUGGAACCUGGACAUGGCGCGGGCCGAAUACAGGAAGAUGUUAGGUGUGUCAGCUCCGCUCACAAACUCGCAAAUAUGGCGCAAACGAACGGCGAAGAAAGCGUUGCAGGCUUGGCAGGCGGUGCUUGUGAUGGCACUUGUUUGUUGUGUGACGGGUGUCAUUUGCGUACUGCUUGGGCCGACUGCUUUCGAUGUUGUCCGCAGCACAAAGGGGGUUGACAGCUCUUUGCGCCCACAGCUCUUUAGCCGCUUCUCAGGAGUACUUCCCGCAGAACACUUCACCAAUGCGUUGUCGGGCGGCCUCCUCACAGCGGCGAACUUAACGCUUUGCGUGCUGGACUGGUGGGAUGCCGGCGCCACGCUGGGAUUCAUUCGUUAG